AUGAGCAAGUGGUCCGGAAUUGCUCGCGGUCCGGAACUGGACACCAACGGAUCAAAAGCGCGUGCACGCGACGCCAAUCUCUUGUUUAGCGUCAAGGCGGCUGCAUUGCAACCAGCAAGUCUUUGCAGUGCAAGAUACAUGCACGGGACUCAGUGUUCUUUUACUGGCACCCAUAGUUUCCCUCGUAUCCGCAAAGAUUGUGAAUCAGCCACAAAUGCCACAAAAAGACAAACAGAAAAAAACGCUCGUACGCGUGUGAAGCGUGAUUCCCUCUCAACGGCGUUCUUCUGCGUUGAGAGGGAACCACACUUCGGGAAACCCCAUUUGCACUCCGAUCUCAAGGACGAUGCGAAUGCCUUUCCAAGUCUUGCUCGUACUCCUGGCAACCCUGCUUGUAAGCUGCACUGAGGCUGCCAUUCCAGCAAAAAAACAGCUCACGAUUGCAACGACGAACUCUACCGCGACCGCCAAGGCCCUUCAGAUAUUUUUCAACGACGAUGCUAAGCAGAACAGCGGCAAUGGGUUCCUAAAAGUGGUGACGCUUUCAGCGAGCAACGAUGAGCGUGCUAGCGUGGGUGUAAUUACAUCUGGACAGGGCCCACGAGUUGGAGCUGGAACCACAGUAGUGGCAAACGACGUCCCAUCGGGCGAAACUGUGACUGUGACGAUCUACAACAACAACGGCCUUUGGCAACGAUGUCAGCGGUGGUGGAAUCGACUAUUUACAGGCUCAGCUGCAAAAUCGACUCGUAGGCUUC